UCUUAGGGGCUGCAGAGCUUUCCGCGCCCUACAAACCGAUCGAAGAGCUUUUAUUCUUCUCAGAGUAGUGCACAUUAUUUGCUAUUACUGUGAUUGAUAUUCACGUUCACAUUAGUUAGGAAGCACGUUCUAAACUUACGACGUGCUAAUAUCACUUUUUCGGCGUUAAAAAGAGAUGGAUGUAUUGCCAGAAGGCAAAAACUUCAGAUUGGCACAAGAAGAAGAGCUUCCAGCAAUACUUGACUUCCUUGAAAAAUAUUUACCCGAUUCAAUUAAGUUUCACCAAACGCUGAAAACCUAUUUAAACGAUCGGGUGUGGGAUUUUUAUUUUUACGUAUCAAAAUCUUGGCCAGAGGAACCCGUGAUACUACAUUUCCCUGGAGUAACAAAAACGCCGCACGGAAAGCUCUACGAAAGUUUUAACGUGUUCUGCCCCUGCGAUCAAUUAGAACAUCUGGAAUUACUGCAAACCGAGGACAUGUUACUAGAAUGGAAUGAACCGAUGUACCUUAAUUUUACACAUAGCUUAAUUAUGGAUCGAAUAGAAGAAUUUUAUUCUGGAAAGGGAACAAUCGAGAAAGUGUGUGGCGAAGUAUUUGCAUUAAAUGGCAUUAAAAGUGCCGAUAGCGACUUAGAAUUCUCCAAAGACUUCGAAAUAAUGCAACUGACACCUGAGCACGCACAAAUAAUUCACGAUUUAUACCCGGCGAACCACAUGGAGUCCAUAGAAGUUUUUGAAAAAUUAUUUAAAAACCUACCAUCCUACGGAAUCUUUUCGUCUUCCGGUGAGCUAGCGGCGUGGAUGGUUCAAUCUUACUACGGCGCCAUGUUCUCCAUGCAAACACGUCCAGAAUAUCGUAGAAAAGGAUAUGGAAUGUACCUUGCAAAAUACCUAACUGAUGUAGUGAUGAAACGUGGUUACCUGCCAUUUGUUAUAAUUAGACCCGAAAACGACGCUUCGAAAAGUUUAUAUUCAAAAUUGGGGUUUAAAAAGAACUUUGAAACGGUACGAGCCAUUUUACGACCACACGUAAUGGACAACGAUGCGCAAGGUGGAGGAACUAGCAGCCCGUAAUUGCUUCCAAAGCUGCCUCUGCACGAUUUCGCAGUUUAAAGCUUCAUUCAAUCUCUCGCUUCUUCUACUGUUUUAGCAGUGAUCAUAAGACCAAGAGUGUAAAUUAUAGAGAAAAUUACGAACAGCUCCUUUUAGAACAUUUUUGAUAAAAAAUUUAUAAUAUACUUGAACCUGUUUUUGUGAUAACUACACUUUAAAUUAAAAAAUAGAAUUUUAGUUAGGGAAUGUAAGGGUACGUAAUUGUAUGUUUAAAUUAUUGCUCAACCUUCCUCAUUGUGUGAUUUAUGUAGGUCCUCCUUUUUCUAUUAACCUUAGUAGCUACUACUAGACAAUCACCCGUAGAUUUAUCCGCUUUGAUUUGGUACAUUUAUUUAAACAAACGUGAUUGUAAAAUUGUACAGAACGCCUAGAAAUUGUAUAGGUAAAUUACCGGAAGGUAUUCUUUACUUGAAGAAUAUUAGCCAACUUCGAAUCUUAUUGGUACCUACCUACCUACCUUGUAGAACUUUACAGGCUUGCUACUACUUAAUACAAGCACGUCCAUAUUACAUAUAGAUACCGACACGUGACAUCAAUCGAUGGGAAUUUUGCGGAGCUAUUGUUUUGUAAGAUUUGUAAUUCGAGCUACAAUUAUCUAUAAGUAUACAGAUAGUGCUUGCAGUGGUGGGAAGUGUCCAGAGUUGAAUCGAUAAUAUUGAUUUUUAAGUAUGUAGUAACGCGAUUCUAAUAAUUCUUUGGAUUCUGCCAGAUCAGUUGUUUAUCUUCAACUAUAUUAUGAUUUGAUUAGCAUUAAAGAUCAACCGUUUAGUGUCGUUUCAGACACCUUAUUCUGGGACAUUGGUGUAAAUUCCUAUCGCAUUGCACGUUAGGGACAUUAUGAAAAGACUUCGAGUAAUGUAAUAUUAGUAAAGAAAUAGUAAUUAUAUUUUUUUAACUGAUCGUAAUUUCUCAAAAGUUUAGUAUAUGAUGGUACAGAAACGAUUUGAAAUUUCAAGUGAGCACGAGUUUCCAAACCCGCAGUCUUUUGUUCUCUGCUAACUUCAUUUAAAUCUUUUUAAAAAUUAGAGUUAUACACAGUACAAUUUAAAAUUACCUAAAUCUGCAUAAUUGCUAUUUCUAAAUAUGACUGAGAUAGUAGCAUUAGACAGUAGAACAUUGACGUUUGUUCGUUUUUGCAAGGCGUUUAAACUUUCAAAUGACAUCGAGCCCUGCAUUCUUAGAAAUAUAGACAACUUUAACAAUUGAAAACGUGCUUUACAUUUGUCAUAUCUCAUCUUUUUUGGAGAUGUACCAUUGAAAAUGUAAUUUUAUAAGGCGAUUGUUGUAGGCUGGCUGGUUUCUAUUGCUUGCCCUUGAUUUCCUAUCUUGUACUUCUUCAGGAACAUGUGACAGGUAACAGCAAACGGCCAUUGUGAUAUUUAUUUGUAGAUUCAUAAAGAUAUUCAUAUAUUACUUAGAUGGCAAUCUAAAUAAAAGUUGUACGCUAACUUUUAAUUAUAUACUUUAUGAUUUUC